AUGAAGUCUACCGUAUUUGCUCUUCUCGCCGCUGCCGCGCAGGCAGCACCCUCCAACACGGGCGGAUGUUGUCAGAAGCUGGAAGCCGCUCUGCCCUCCAUCUACCAUGGCCCCUCGGCCGCCGACUAUCAGGAGCUUGUUACUGCUCGUUGGUCCACCACUUCCAUGCAGCAUCCCGGAUGUGUAGUGACGCCCUCAUCGUCCCGAGACAUGUCUGUCAUUGUCGAGCUUCUCACAACCAAUUACUGCCAGUUCUCAGUCAAAUCUGGAGGCCAUAAUCCCAAUCCUGGGUUCAAUAACAUCGACAAGGGCGUCUCCAUUGAUCUGAAGAGCCUCAACUCUACGUCCUUGGCCUAUGAUCGCUCUCACGUUAGCCUCGGCACUGGUCUGUCUUGGGGACAAGCCUAUGCCGCCUUUGAGAAAGACAAGAUUGCCUUUACCGGAGGCAUCUGUGCGGAUGUUGGUGUCGGCGGUCUCGCUGUCGGUGGUGGGCAGUCGCUCUUCCAGGCUGGCAAGGGCUGGGUUGUGGACAACGUCAUCAAUUAUGAAGUGGUUCUAGCGUCGGGUCAUAUUGUCCACGCAAACCUACAGAAUAAUUCUGACCUUUACAAAGCUCUCAAGGGCGGUAGCACAAAUUUUGGUAUUGUGACCAAGAUCGACCUGGCCGCCUUUGACUUUGACGUCAUGUGGGGAGGCCAGAUGAUUCUUGGUCUGGAAGGCCCCCAGGCCGGCCGUGAGCAGAUGAUUGAGACAAUCACCAACACUACCGUCGAUUUUGUGGCCGAUAACCACCGCGACGUCGACUCUGGUAUCCAGAUUGUGGCUACCUACCUUCGCAACGGCACCCAAGUGGUCGACGUUGCAGUGUCCAACACAGCCAACAUUGCAAACGCUCCGGCGCUCCAGCCGUUCCUCAAGCUGCCCAAUCAGAUUCACAGCACUAACCGGCAUGCAUCGCUGGCUGAGUUGGCACAUGAAACCAGCCUUGCGAUCCCGCGCGGCUUCCGCUACGUUACUGCGAGCGUAACUGUCUCCAACGACAAGGCGACGCUGCUCGCGUUCUGGAAGGCAGCUGACGUCGUGUACAAUGGCCUCAAGGUCAAAAAUCAAAUUGAUUGGCUAGUCUCAGUUGUACCCCAACCUAGCCUUCAGGAAACGUAUGCUGAGAGGCGUGGUGGUAACGUCCUUGGUCUGCAAGAUGUCCAGGAAGAUCAGCUAGUUCUCUGGCUCGUCUCUCGGUGGAAUGACGCCAGCCUCGAUGCCACCAUGGAGGAUGCGCGUCAGCAAUUCAUCGAUGCUGCAGUCGCCGUCGGCAAGGAGCACAACACGUUCUCUCCCUUCAUCUACCUAAAUUAUGCCAGCCCCAAGCAGGACCCUCUCUGCGGCUAUGGAGAGGAAAACGUGGCUUUCAUGAGGGAGGUUGCCAAGAAGUAUGACCCGAAAGGCUUCUUCCAGAAACUGCAGCCCGGAGGCUUCAAAAUCAGCCUCGCACAGUGCGCCUAG